UCUCUGGAUCCUGAGGGGUCGCUGUUGCGGUCAGCAGCCGCCAAACGUUUUCGCUGAAGAAGAGAAACAGCAAAAACAAACGGUCGGGCGGGCAGCGGUGAGGUUCGGUUCUUCGGUUUUAACGAUGCAUCAGUGGGAUUUGUCUCCGUUCUCCGUGACUCCAGCUGCCAGCCUGCUUUCUAAGUGUGUCUCCGUGGGAGCACUGUCUCAGGAGGAAAUAGACUUCGCCUCCAAUGGUACAGGCCCCGUCUUUUCCUCUCAUCUGCAGGAGGCUGAAGACCAAAUCAGAAUGCAGAAGCAGCUGGAUGAGAUGCGGCUGCGGCUGGAGCUGCUGCAGGUCGACGAGCAAAGCGCCGAUGUCGCCCACAGCUUCCACCUCGCUCAGAGGUUCCAGAUGCUGCAGAUGCUCGGGGAUCAUAUGCAGGAACUGCUGAGAGAGCAGAACAGUCUGAGGCAGCGACUCAUGAAGCCGCUGGCUUGCACCAACCUGCCCGUGCACGCUCACCUGCACAGGUUCAUGGUGGAGUCCCUGAAGCUGAUGAUGGACUUCAUUGAGACUCUGGAGGAGAAGCUAAGCGCUGCCGACAGCAGGACCGCAGCCAGAGACCGUCUCGCUCUGCUGGACUCCUCGCUCGCCCAGCUGCUGAUCCAGGCCUCAGAGAUGGAGACUUUGUCCAGUCAGAUUCUUCAGUGGAAGUCAGUUGAUGGAUGCAGCCUGGUGACCUCUGACCCCUAACCUUCAUCAUGUGUUGCACUUUGAAUUUAUUCUAGUAAACGUUUGCAAUAAAAUCUUUCACAUUUUCCA